GAACGCUUAAUUAACUCCGUACAUGGUUUUCUAAAAUAAGUAUAUUAGAUUAUAUAAUCUAUAACCAACGUCAAAUUUGUCCACUGAUCGCUAUGACAUCUUUCAAAUAAUAGGCGCCAAAGUGCUAACAGCACAUUGGAAACAAUAAAUAAAAGAUUCUCAGUCGGUUUUAAAUUAUUAAAAAAAUAGGUCUAUUAUGUUAUUGUGAAGUAAUAUGAUUAUUACAUAAACAAUUAAGGUGAUAAAGCCAUUAAAAGACUUUACUUAUACCUAUUUUUGUCCGUGUUUGUUAUUUGUUAAGUGAAAUAAAAACAAUAUGAUUUUCAAAGUAGCUCCAUCAAUGGAUUCUGGUAACGGUUUUAACCCCGUUGAAAUUGAAAGACAAAGCUUGGAUUACAAAGAUUGUUCUAAACGCUUUUACGAAGUAUCUCGAGACUAUUCUAAACAGUAUGCUCACAUUUAUUCUGCAAGGUUAAACACAUUUAGAAAUAUUUUGGGUCCUUUAAUUAACAAAAAGUGGUCCAAUAAGUACAAGAUUUUAAAACUUUGUGAUUUGCGAGAGAAAGGAGAACCUUGUGUUAUUAUCGGUACACUUUUCAAACUGCAAGAACUGAAACCUAGUAUUUUGAAGGAGCUGUCAGAUCAAUUGGAAAUUAUUCCACAGCCAGCUAGGACCCAUUUUGUCCACGAAACUGACACUGUAGUAUUGGAGGAUGAAUUACAAAGAAUCAAGCUGUCAGGCCUCUGCAUUAAUAGUGAUGAAAUUGUUACUGGAGUUGUUGUUGCUAUUCUGGGAUCUGAAGAUGAAGAUGGCAUAUUCUCUAUACAGGAUAUAUGCUGGCCUGGCUGUAAUCUACAAAAGCCUUUACCAGAGUUAACAACUGAUAGGUUUGUAGUUUUGAUGUCUGGAAUUAACUUAGCAUCCAAAACUGCUGAUCAUUUGUUUUCCUUAAAUCUUUUUCUGGAGUGGAUAUCAGGGUUUUGUGGAACAUCUGAAUAUCAAGAAGAAAUUUCAAAAGUUGUAAGAGUGAUUAUAGCAGGUGGUGUUUAUGCCAAACAUUCAAAUGAUAUAAUGCUCAGUGAAGCUGAUGUUAUUGCGGCAUCAGAACAGGUGGACUCAUUUUGUGCAGCUCUUAGUGCUACUGCUCCUUUAGACUUGAUGCCAGGAUGCAAAGACCCAGUGGGGAUAAUGUUGCCGCAAAAACCAUUCCACUAUUGUCUAUUCCCAAAGGCUGUUGAAUAUAAAUCAUUCAACAGAGUCUCCAAUCCCUACGAAUGUGAUAUUGGUGGCUUAACGUGUUUGGGUUCUUCGGGUGAACCGGUAAAAGACAUUAUGAGAUAUAGUAAAUUAGAUAAUGAAAUUGAAGUAAUGAAGAAGACCCUUCAAUGGAGACAUAUUGCCCCAACAUGUCCUGACACAGUACCAUGUAUACCCUGUCUGGAUACAGAUCCAUUUACUAUGUACAACUGUCCUAAUAUAUAUUUUAGUGGGAAUGCACGAGAGUUUUCAACUGAACUUUACAAAGGCGAAGGGGGACAAAAAGUUCGUCUGGUAGCCGUUCCCGAUUUUUGUGACUCAAAAACCAUUGCUUUCAUUAAUCUGGCUAAUUUGGAAUGUUUUAGUAUGACAUUUUGUUAAGAGCAUCAUUGGAAAUUAAAAAAGACUUAACUUCA